ACCACGCCCGUGGAUCUAGCGAAAAGCGGUAGCAGCAACAACACUUCUCCGUCUCUGUUCUUCUGCUCGUUUUCGGAAACUAGCUGCGAACAUUUGAGGGAGGAGAGUGCUCGCGAUUAACGUCCCGGCAAUCGGGCGAUUUUUAUGUCUGCGCCUGCUGCGAGAGGGAGAGAAAACUAAACAGAGGAGUGAAAGGGGUUGCCGCAGGAUAUUGUUGCAUCCCUUCCCAGAGCGCGAGGACAACAUCAAGGGAGAUCGGAGACCCUCCCCUGGCCAGCUUUGGAUUGCAAGAGAAUCAGCGUCAGACCUUCCCUCUCUCGGCUUGUGCUUUCUUUUUGGAGAGGAAACAGAAAUUCAUCGUCUUUCUUCACCGUUCCACCCCCGACAGCUCUUUUUUUUUGAAACUCCCAGUGAAUUCUCCAUGUUUAGUCAGACUGUAGAAUAUUGAGAGGAGAACACCCCCCCCCCCCUUCCUUCCCACCCACUCACUCCCAAUCCACUCCACUCCACUCCUUCCUCCCGCCACCUCCAAGCACACACACGGGUCGCAGAGAAAGACACACACACCAGUCGGCUACAUGACUCUCGACUCCAUCAUGGCGUGCUGCCUGAGCGAAGAGGCGAAAGAAGCCAAAAGGAUCAACGCGGAGAUCGAGAGGCAGCUCCGGAGAGACAAGCGGGAUGCACGGCGAGAACUCAAGUUACUGCUGCUCGGCACAGGAGAAAGUGGCAAGAGCACAUUCAUCAAACAGAUGCGAAUCAUUCAUGGUACAGGGUACUCUGAUGAGGACAAACGAGGCUUCACAAAACUGGUUUAUCAGAAUAUCUUCACUGCCAUGCAGGCUAUGAUCAGAGCAAUGGAUACACUCAAAAUACAGUACAAGUAUGAGUACAAUAAGGCAAAUGCACAGUUAAUUCGUGAUAUUGAUGUAGAAAAAGUGACAACAUUUGAUAAUCCCUAUGUGGAAGCAAUAAAAUGUCUAUGGAUUGACCCAGGCAUCCAAGAGUCCUAUGACAGACGGAGAGAGUACCAACUGUCUGAUUCAACUAAAUACUACCUUAGUGAUACUGAUCGUAUUGCAGCACCAGAUUAUCUGCCAACUCAACAGGAUGUGCUGCGGGUUCGAGUGCCCACAACUGGCAUCAUUGAGUAUCCAUUUGAUCUGGAGAAUAUAAUCUUCAGCUAUCUUAAAGACUUGGACCGUAUAGCAGAACCUACCUACCUACCCACUCAACAGGAUGUGCUUAGAGUGCGAGUCCCAACAACAGGGAUCAUUGAAUACCCUUUCGACUUACAAACCGUCAUUUUCAGAAUGGUCGAUGUUGGGGGUCAGCGGUCAGAACGAAGGAAAUGGAUUCACUGCUUUGAAAAUGUGACAUCUAUUAUGUUUUUAGUUGCCCUUAGUGAAUACGAUCAAGUACUUGUAGAAUCGGACAAUGAGAAUCGAAUGGAAGAGAGCAAAGCACUAUUUAGAACAAUUAUCACAUAUCCCUGGUUUCAGAACUCCUCAGUCAUCCUCUUCUUAAACAAGAAAGAUCUCUUGGAAGAAAAGAUCAUGUAUUCUCACUUAGUUGAUUAUUUCCCAGAGUAUGAUGGACCACAGCGAGAUGCACAAGCAGCGAGGGAGUUUAUUUUGAAGAUGUUUGUGGACCUGAAUCCUGAUAGUGACAAAAUUAUCUACUCUCACUUCACGUGUGCUACAGAUACAGAGAAUAUACGGUUUGUCUUUGCUGCUGUCAAGGACACUAUCCUACAAUUAAACCUAAAGGAAUAUAACCUGGUCUAGUUUACUAACUGACUUGGUGGAAACAAAACAAGAGCAACUGUAUUAUCUGUGAAAAUAAUUUGCAUAAUGCUAAUUUAUUGCCAUUCUGGACUCUGUGCGCUUCCACAGAGAUUUAGUAAAUAUUAUGAUUUUAUUUAACAAAAAUGGGGCAAAAGAUGCUGACACACCUUCGCAGCACUCGUCCACUUUUUAGGCAAAACUUUGUGACUUUGUGUAAAAUUUUCAAUUUUCACUGUAAAUUCUGAUUUCAGCACUCUGAAGGUAGGGUUUUUUGCUUCUUCAAGCACACCCCUUCCUUUUCUUUUCCCCAAAGGAAUACUUGAGGUACAAUGUCCCUUUUCUUGUCAUCUGUUCCUCUUAAUGCUCAAUGGUACACAGUAAAAAUUGUAAUGUUUUUGGCAGAUACCAAGCUACCAAUGGUAUAAUUAUCGUACUUUUUUCUGAUAGAUGAAAAGUAUUGGUACUGUGAUUUUUAAAUUAUUGAUAUGUAUAAUUUAAUCAUCAAUUUUCAAACUAAGCAAUUUGUCUUCAUCUUAAGCUAUAAAGAUGGGAGCUCAUAAAGCAAUAGGUGAUUGCUCAUCUGUAAAUGUUGCCACACUUGGAUUCCCAAAAACAUGGAUAGAUGUAGGUAAGAGUACAAUAUUGAGAAUGUUGUGUACUUGUAAAACAGUAUAUGGGGUUCAAUUUCUAUUUAUUAUGUGCCAUUCUAUUGCUAUUUACUAGACUUGUUUUACUGAAAGAUGCCAAACAAAAUGUUAUCUACACUACAUUUGCUGAUUUUUUUGCAAUCUCUGCUUGGGUCUUUCUCCUUAGAACUGUAGCUGGAGACAUCAUUGACGUACUUAAUUUGCACCAGUGUAGUUUUUAAAUGUUACUUCUUUGGCUUUAAGUGAAAAAGUUUUAAUAUUGCCACUCAUGGCAUUUUCAACGUUUUUGAAGUUUUAAUGGAUAAAAAUUGCUUUACUCAAAAUGCCUAAAAUCAUGUGGCUCAUAUCACAGUAGUGACUGCACUUGAGCAGAAGAUGAAUGGUAAGCAAAUAACAUUGCAGUAUCAACUCCUGGGUUCUUCUAAAAGCCGUUUCUUGGACACAUGCCAAAACAAGUGAAGAAAAUAAAAUGGUGCUCUUCCACAUUAUGUAAUAUUUGCCAUUAACUAUGUAUUAUUCUUUGACAUAGGCAGAUCAGUAUCCAUGACCAAUUUUGUAUCUUAACUUUUUUACACAUAUGUUGAAAGGUACUGUGAUUAUGUUUUGAUUAAAUCCUGCCAGAUCCCUCAUUUUAAACCAGAAUGGUUUUCAUUUUCCAUAAUGUCCUAGUAAAUAAACCUGUGUCAUUAUUUUCAUUCCUUUCAAAAUCUGGUUCUAGGCUUUGGUGACUGUUUGUUUAAAGAGCAGAUCUGUGAACAGACAUGACUGUGUUCCUUUAACUUUCUAGUUUUCAGGAUUUUUUGUUUUUUGAGCUGUUAACAUAGAUUAUCGAUGGUUCAGGUAGCUAAUUUAAAAUUAUCUGUACUGUCCAUUAUCAGAGAUGAUAUGUCUUUGUGCAUGGUUUCCUGCUUCAAAAGAGUAGCUUUUGUUUCUAAGGAGCACCGAAGUUAAUGGUCAGUGAUUUGUCCCCCUCAUUCCUGCACCUCCAUCAAACAUUCAUUUGUGCUUUCAUAGACAAAGCUCUUAUAAUUUGUAAAACUUGGCUGUAGGCAUAGUGUACUUAUAAUCUUGUAAUAAUUGUGUGUGAAUACGUAUAUAUAUUAUAUAUAUGUGCACACAUGCGCUCACAUCCAUAUUGGCUUUGUGAUAAUUUUGGCAGAUUGAAUGUGCUGUAUUGAUAAUAUAUAUCUAUGUAAUUGUAUUGUAAGUCUUAUAGCUAAUUUGCAUUUUGAAUAAUGUUAUUUACUUUUUUUACGAGAAGCGAAUGUAAAUUUUUGCCAGUUUUUUUCUCAAUUAGGGUUUAAAAUAUUUUCUUUUUGUAAGUCAAGAUAAUUAUCAUAGUGUAGUAGCCUGAUUAAUAUACAUCACAUGGGUUUCUGAUCAAAGAAUUCCUUCUGAUAAAAUUUAAAUCUGUCCUUUCUCUCCCAGAAAGUAUUUGUACAAAGUUUAAUCAAUGACUCCGCCCAUGAAGCAAUCAAAAAAAUUGGCUUCUGGAUUUUGUCAUGUAUAAAAGAAAACAACUUGCCAUAAUUCCUUAAAUUAAGAAAGUGUUUUAGAUCAAAGGUUGUAUUUUGGGGAAUGCCAUAUGCCAAAUUCUUGUAUCUGUAGUGUCUCUGAUGGAGUUGGUCAUAGUUUACAUUAUACAGAAUGUCUGUAUUACCAGUAGAUACAUUUAAAUUUGUGUUUUAUGCCUUAUGGCAGUGGAGUCAAGAACUUUGUGCCUCAGAAUUGAAGCCUAAGACAAGAGAUGGCCUCUAAAACGUGUGUGCUGUGUUGGGUGUCAGAAUUGAAAGCUAGAUGUCGGCUUUUACUUUAUCAGUAAUGCACUGGAGGGACCAAUGCAAUGUCAUUAAUUCCUGUGAACAAAGAAAGACAUUAUACUGUCAAAUGAAGUAAAGCCAAGUCCAGCAGCUACUUGCUAUUUACCAACUCAUGUCACCAAGUGCAAACAAAUAAAUGAAGUUAGGCAUGCUGUAUGUAAAGGUGUAAGAAUGACCAGUAGCUUGGUCGACUCUUGUAACAUCUACAUUUUUGUAAUUGAAUAGAAUGUACAUAAAGUAUGUUAAUUUGGCCUACAAAAGCCCUGCCUUCAUUUACUUUUUAAACUGCUCAGUCAAUUAGUCUUCAAGGAUUUUAGCUCAUUGGCACUUUCAGCAGAGAAACUGAAAGUUGUUAAGAAAUUAAAUACUUUAAUUGAAAAUUGUGAAUGGCAUUAUGGCUGCCAGAUCAAUUCUGCUCCUAAUAAUAUAGAAUUGAAGAGAUCUAAAUUACAGUAAAGUGAAACAGUGUGCGCCAUGGGCAAUUUCUUGUAGUGCCAGAUUCUUUUAAAUGUUCUGGUAGGACUUGUAUAUUUAAUUCCUGUUAGAUAAUUUUAACAUGCAAUAUUGUAAAAAAAUCAUAUUUGCUGUUUUUAAAUUGCCACUUAAAUGCAUGUAUUGUCAUUGUUUGGGGAAGGGAAAUAGUUUUUGGAAAAAACUAAUGUUGUAUAUUAAUGCCCCAAAUGAUCUUGCUGGUUACAAAUAUAGUAUUUUUUGGCCAUAA